UACACACGCACAUAUCGCUCCCGUCGAAACCCGGCGUUGCUUCAACAGAAUCUUCUCCCUUUUCUCACCUUUUCCCAUCUACUAUCUCUCUCUCUCUCUCUCUCUCCAUUUCUCUCCUCACAUAAACCGCAUUUUCCCUGAUAAGAUUCCGGUUCUUUCUACCCUUCCCCACCUCUCUCUCUCUCUCUACAGACACAAGGUAUACAGAUAUAUACCCAUUACCCAUAGAUCCUCACCCUCUCUCUCUCUCUCUCUCUCUCUCUCAUACGGUUUAAUCCAUCUGUUUGAGAAAAAUCUUGAGUGAGAUACGCAAGGGAGGAAGAAUCGCAAAUGGGUUCAAUUCCACCUGAACUGAGCUUAGAUGUUAGACCAACUUUCGUGCCCAAAAGAAUCAGCGAGUUCUUGGGAGAAUUGGCAGCGAUGGGCAGCGUGUCUGAGAAGAAGCUGAGGAUUGAUGAUUUUGUAAAGAGAUUAGAGGAGGAAAUGAAGAAGAUCGAUGCCUUUAAGCGCGAGCUUCCUCUCUGCAUGCUUCUUCUCAACGAUGCAAUUGAAACUUUGAAGGAGCAAUCAACACAGUGUAGGACUAGAGAUGUUGAACCAAUACUGGAAGAAUUCAUACCAUUGAUGAAAAAUUGUGAUCAAGAUGAAAUGAGUGAGGUUAAGACAGAAAAGGACAAAGAGAAGAUGAAUUGGAUGAGUUCUGUGCAGCUCUGGAACACCAAUGAUUGCAAAAAUGUCGAUUCUAAAUAUGACCACAAACAAAAUUCAGUACCGAAGUUUAUGAAGGGACCUGUGGAAGAGUGCCCCCUUGUGAUUGAUAAUGCAUUCAAAUACAAUAAGAACAGAAACGGGUCGAAACCAUUUUUGCCAUUUAAGGACUGCUCUAUUUUUCCGGCUAUGUCGAAAAGAAAGGAAGACAAGGUGGAUUUACCAGUGGCUGGACUUUCCCUUCUCACGCCUGGAACUAAAAAUCCAAGGGAAGAAAUUGUUUCCCAUGGUUUGAGUUCUAAGAUCAUUGGCUCGUCCACUACCCCCAUCAUUCCUUCAAAUUUACGGGCUAGACCACAGACAGCUCAGCAGCAGGCUGGCCGGAAACAUAGAAGAUGCUGGUCACCGGAAUUGCAUCGGCGGUUUGUCAGUGCCUUGCAGCAACUUGGUGGUUCACAAGUGGCUACUCCUAAGCAGAUUAGAGAACUCAUGCAAGUUGAUGGACUCACUAAUGAUGAAGUGAAGAGUCAUUUGCAAAAAUAUCGACUUCAUACUCGAAAGCAUCCAACUGCCGGAACCCAUUCCAUGGUCGUUUUGGGGAGUUUGUGGAUGCCCCAAGAUGAAUCAUCAAAGCCAAGCAGUUCACAAUCUGAUUCUCCUCAGGGUCCUCUUCAGUUAGCUGCAACUCGUGCAGGUACUUCCACAACAGGCGGGGAAAGCAUGGAGGAAGAAGAAGAAGAUGAUGAUGAGAAAUCCGAGAGCUAUAGCUGGAAAUGUCACAUUAAACACAAAUCUGGAAAAGAAGUCUGUGUAUAGAACGUAUGCACUAUAAUUUUUGCAGAUAAAACUAUGAACGGGAAGAGUCACGACAACAAUAACUACUAUAAUAUGCCAUAUACAUAAAGAGGAGGAGCUAUAGAGACUGGGGCUGUUAAAUUUUUGCAGGAUUAGUUUUCCUAUCCUUCUGUAUUGAAAUUGAGUUCUUGUUAUGUAUUGGUACCGGUAUAAAGAACAUAAAGUAUGAGUUCACUACCCCCCGGAAUUGUAUCCCCCCUGUAUUGCCAUAAAUUUCUUCGAGAAUCGCUGAGUUUUGGGACAGCAUUGGAAUUUGCCUUCUUGUUGGUGGAAAAUUUGAAGGUUUCUUAUUGGAAAUAUAGGUAGAAUUGACAAA